AUGCCCGUUUCAUGCGCGGUGUUUAAAUGUAGUAAUCGUGCAACCCGAGACAAGAAGAGAUUUGUCAGAUUCCCAGCUAUUAUUAGUAAUAGUGAUGAGAAAACAAGAGAUCUCAGUCAGAAACGGCGCCGUUUGUGGUUUGCAGCUGUCAAUCGGGAGGAUCUUGCAUUCAAGGAUACCAAAUACAUGCGUGUGUGCAGCGAUCAUUUUGUUGGUGGUUCUCCUUCGGCCUUGUAUCAGGACACCCAUCCCGAUUGGAUACCAACUUUGAAACUUGGCUAUGGCAAGGCUGACAAUGACAACAAGGGUUCUCGUUUCUCCCGUCUGCAGGAGCGCAAGGAAGCAUCAAGACUCCGGAACCUGCGGUUUGAUCUUGAAGUUGAAGAGGAACUUUGUGAGGCAGAAUCAGACACUGAACCAGUAGAUCAAGAGCAUGAUAUUACACCCGAACAGGAACUUAAAAGUUGCAAAAUUGAAAUUGACAUUCUUAAGUCAGAAAAUGAAUCUUUAAAAAAUGAGAAUAAUCUACUUAAGAAGAUAGUUCAUAAAAUGAAAGCAAAUAAUACUGAAGACUUUGAAGAAUGGACACUUAAUCUCAAGACAGCCCCUUCCACAACAGCCACAGUCCACAAUACCAUCAGGAGUUGCCCCAAGAUGUGGAUACUCACAGCUGAGGAAUAA